AUGGCGGACAAGGAGAAGCGCCGGUCCGGGGUGACUCCCGCGGGGAUGCCCGUAGGCAAAGCCGCCAGAUCGGACAGCGACAGGGAGUUUCUGUCGCAGGCCGGCGUCGGAGAGCUGCUCCGCGGUGCCAUCCUGAAGAUGGUCGAAGCCCGAUCGGACGAUCCCAUCGGGUUCCUGGCCGACCACUUCUGCAACCUCGCCUCCGUGACGGACACCGGCACCGCUGGAUGCGGCGACGAGGAGCCGCUGAACUCCGGCGCGCUGAGCGCAGGCGCGCAGGAGCAGCAGCAUCUGAACCGGGCGCUGUGGCACCUGCGGCUGGCGCACCACUCCCAGAGAUCCGCCUUCAGCAACAACGUCCGUGUGGCCUACGACCUCCUGAACCUCACCGGGCCUCGGCGGUCUGCAGGUGAGGCUCCUGAAGGUCCCGAUGGCUCCAGCAGCGACAGCCCCACCGGAGAAGCAGGAGGAGGAGGCGGCGGAGGAGGAGGAGGAGGAGUGAGAGGAGGCCUCUACACACAGACUCUGCAGUGUUUGUGCAGCGAAGGCGGAGUCCCUGCCUCCACCUCCGCCCCGCUCCUCCGCCGCCUCCACUGCCAGGACCACGAGGCCGUCCCUUACGACGUCUUCCGCCACGGCGUGCUCACGUGCGCCGUCUUCUCGGACUACAUCCGGCAGGCUCAGAGGCUGUACGCCGAGGUGUGCUGCCCAGACGAAGGGCCCGCCUCGAGGGCGCUGUGCCUGGCCGUGCUGGGGACCUUAAAGGAAGCACUAGAGACUUCCCAGGGCCCCGAUGCAAACUGCUGCGUUAAUGCCAACACUAGAGCUAGUUCCUGUCUGGAGACUAAUGCGAAGGCGAUCCGCUAUCUGGAGGCCAGUGCCAAGAUCUCUCCCUACAAGCUGGCUCAGGCCAUGGCUGGAGGACAGACACGAGGGCCUGGUGGCGAUAUGGAUGCGAAGGAGUUUGAAAAUGCAGCCGCGGAGCUGUUCAUCACUCGAGUGAAAGUUGUGUCCUAAGUUUUGUUGUGACUGAUGAAUGUCUAGCAAUUUAGAGUAAAUAAUGAACCUCUCUUCACCUCCUGUAACCUCCAACAUACUGCUCUGAAGACUUACACUAAACCCAAUAAUUCACGUGUAAAAUCUGAUGUUUGUUGACCGAUCAUGAACUUUUUAAUAUGGCACUAAUGAGGAAUCGUCUGCUGUGACUGUACGUCGUUACCGUGCUGUGUGAAUGAAAAGAGUUCCUCUCCUAGACUACAUUUAUUCCUCAAAAUCAGUAUUUACCCUGAUCGUUUCUCUUGUCGUUCAACCUUUGCCAUCAAGUUCUCAGAUUGGAUAGUAACGCUCUCUCCUCCAGUUUCAGUGAAACCAACAUUGCUGUAAUAAAUCCACGUUUUUUUUCUUAAAC